AUGACCGACUUUUACAAAUCAGUCCAUGAAAAUCCCAAAGGCCCUGGCGACGCCCGACCUACAGCUAUCCAAAUUAUUCAAGAUGAGAAACUUGAGGGGAAGCUUUCCAGCCAAGUCGUCUUUAUCACAGGGUGCUCCUCCGGCAUCGGUGUCGAAACAGCAAAAGCGCUGUAUCUUACAGGAGCGCAACUUUACCUUACCGCCCGAAACUUGGCGAAAGCUAAGAAAGCCCUUGGGCAUUUGAUAGAUGAUCCCCGCGUUCAUCUGUUGGAAUUAGACCUGGAAUCGCUAGAUAGUGUACGUGCCUGCGCUGCCACGUUCUUAUCUCGCAGUAGUUCUCUCAACGUCCUGAUCUGCAGCGCUGGUGUGAUGACACCACCGGAGGGCCGCACUCAGGAUGGAUUCGAGAUACAAUUCGGAACAAAUCACCUUGCCCAUUUCCUUCUGUUCAGUCUACUUCGCCCAGCAUUACUGGCUGGCACAACAUCUGAGAGGGCUUCACGGGUAGUUAUCGUUGCCUCCGUCGCGCAUCGCUUUGGGGCAGUUCAUUUUGAUAACAUUAACUUUGAAGGAUGUUAUGAUGCCAUGGCAGCAUAUGCACAAAGCAAGACUGCCAAUAUAUGGAUGGCCAAUGAAAUCGAGCGGCGCUAUGGUGAACAAGGCAUUCAUGCAUGGAGCCUCCAACCUGGCUCCGUCUUGACUGAUUUGACGAGGCACUUCUCUGAUGAUCAAAGAGAUGGGAUUAUGUCAGAUCCAUAUCUCAAGUCAAUCAACAAGUUUCCAGACCAAGGUGCAGCCACUAGUGUCUGGGCCGCCACAGCUGCCGCUCUAGAGGGCGAAGGCGGUCGAUACCUGGAGGAUUGCCAAAUCAUUGGCCCAUGGAAUCCGUCGUUACCACUGUGGGGACCUGGCUACGGUACUCAUGCUUACGAUGUUGAGCGAGCACAAAUGUUCUGGGAAAAGUCUCGCCAAUGGGUGGGAUUGUGA